CCUUCAUUUGGCCUCAGGGCAGUGCACAGAAGGACACAUGGGACCCUCACACCUUCAGCUCCAUCAGCAACAUCUCGCAUCCGGGACGCAGCGCGCGCGCACAGAGAUGACUCGACUGCGCUUUGCUCCUGACAUGCGGAUUUAAGUUGUAUAGACUGGCUUAAAAAAAUAUUUCUAUUAAGAAGAAACACAGGUUAGCAGACGUUAUUGAUGGAGGCGGAGGACAGUAGGAUCUCGUUGUGGAUCUGCCGAGAGGAGAAACUUGUCUUCGGCUUGUCGAAGCGCACGACCUGCGCUGAUGUGGUCAAAGUGCUUCUGGAGGACCAUAACUCACAGCACGGCCUCUCCACAGCUGCCUGCCCACAGUCCUACUGCAUCGUGGAGAAAUGGAGAGGUUUCGAGAGGAUGUUACCCAACAAAACAAAGCUGUUGCGCCUUUGGCUCGCGUGGGGAGAGGAGCAGAGGAACGUGAAGUUCGUGUUCGUGAAAAGCGAGGCGUCUUUGGCGAAUCACGGAGCCCGGAGCGCGGAGGCGCGUGUGGUGCUCAGCAAACACAGCCCCUGUGUUACACAUGGCACUGCACGGUCCACCACGGGGGGCAUCCCACCCGAGAAACAACGUCGGGUCGUCAGGAAAGCGUUCCGAAAGUUGGAGAAGAUCAAAAGAAAGAGGGUGAAGAGAAACGCGUCCACUGCGGAAAAGAUGGAAACUUUGGUCCAUCUUGUGAUUUCUCAGGAUCAUACAAUCCGGCAGCAAAUCCAGAGGAUUACCGAGCUGGACGCGGACAUCGAUACGCGCGAGGCAAAGGUGCACUGUGACCGAAUGCAAAGACACGGGGUUAAUUAUGUACAGGACACGUAUUCAGUGGAUGCUGCGGCGGCUUCCGGUCGAGAUGGAGACAACGUGUGUUCGACUGAAACUCUCGCCAACUUUGAAGAGUAUGUCCGGCAGUGUGAGGAGGUGGUUCGACUACGAGAGGAGCUGUGGGAGCAGGAGGCCCUCAUAGAUAUGCUCACGGUGCAGGUGCAGGAGGAGCUGAACCACCGCUGGAUGCAGCGGAGGAAACAGCCGCUGCAGAGCGAAGACGCAGAGCCCGGCGAGGGCGCACUAUCCCCGGCCAGCACCGAGACAGACACCUCGUCAGAAAAGGAGCUGUUUUGGGAAGAAGAGAGGAUCAGGACACAACUAGAGGCGAGUUCAUACGUCGGUCUGCGCCUCAACGCGGAUUUAGAAGCUUUUAGAAGCGAUUUAGAGUUGACCCAGGAGCUUUGCGGAGCGAGGGAGAAGGAGAUGAGGGAUUUGCUGGAGAAAAUAAACACUUUGGAUGAAGAGGAAGGGACUGUCAGCGAUGAGAGAUGUGGCCACGGGACAGAGGAUACGAUGGGGAUGACGAGCACUUUGGAGAGGAAAGACGAGUGGGUGGAGCAGGCCAGGGGUCUGUCCAAAGCUCACAGUGUGAACGACGACGACUCAGACACAGGUUUAAGUUCUCUGCACAGUCAGGACUCAGACAGCCAGCCUGUGUGGGAGUCACUGGUUUAGGAUUUAUCUGGUUUAAGAUUGAUCAUGUUCCAACCUCUAUAGAGUCUCAGGGAUCAUAUUUAGUCUUAAGUAAACAUGGAUGACGAAUUGAAUAAUCUCAGAUAAGGUGUCUAUUUGUUUAACUUCAUAUGGCAUCAUAACAAUCCUCAUUGUCAUAUGUUUGAACCAUCCAUUGAAGAACUAUAUGUUUUUAUUUGUUGGGGUAAUAAUCUCACCAAGAAAGUUGUUUUGACGU